ACAAACGACAACCAAAAACAGAAUUCACUGUCGUUUCGUCUACUCUUACGAUUCACUGGCUUUAACAGCCCAAAUCCUAAAACCCUAAACCUCUCAAUCAUUACCAAUGGAACAACAAUCCGAGAACAUCCUCUACGAAACCCUAAGCCCUCUCCCUCUCUCUACGCUUUCCGAUGUCCCCUCACGCCCUCAAUCUCCGCCGUUGGAUCAAUUGGAACCCUACACUGUGUUUCGCAACGAGAUUUCGUUAUCUGAUCUUGGUGGCGGGUACGUGGAAUCUCCCGCGCCUGAUUUUUUCUCGCUGGAUGUGAAUAGUAGUGGAGUUGAUGAAUUGGAGGAAGCCGAGCCGAAGUGGCAAAAGGAGCCGAAGACGCCGACUAAGGAACUUGAGCCGAGGUUGGAGAGUGGCUGGUUCAGAGGCAAUAGUAGCUUUAAGAGUCCGAUGCUUCAGUUACAUAAAGAGAUUGUGGAUUUCUGUGAUUUUCUAUCUCCAACUCCAGAAGAACAAGCUCUUCGUAACUCUGCAGUAGAAUCUGUUUUUGAUGUUAUUAAAUACAUAUGGCCCAAGUGCAAGCCUGAGGUUUUUGGUUCAUUCAGGACAGGGCUUUAUCUUCCAACUAGUGAUAUCGAUGUUGUGAUUCUGGGGUCUGGUAUCAGAAACCCACCAACUGGUUUGCAGGCUCUUUCUAGGGCAUUAUCUCAACGAGGUAUUGCCAAAAAGAUACAGGUGAUUGCAAAGGCUCGUGUGCCCAUCAUUAAAUUUGUAGAGAAAAAAAGCGGUUUUUCAUUUGAUAUAAGUUUUGAUGCUCAAAAUGGACCAAAAGCAGCUGAGUUUAUCAAGGAUGCAUUAUAUAAGUGGCCUCAAUUACGUCCAUUAUGUUUGAUCUUGAAAGUUUUUUUACAGCAGAGGGAACUGAAUGAGGUAUAUUCUGGUGGGAUUGGUUCAUAUGCUCUCCUUACCAUGUUAAUGGCAGUGUUGAAGAGUCUUUAUGAGUGUCAAACUUCUCCAGAGCAUAAUUUGGGAGUCCUUUUGGUACACUUCUUUGAUAUUUAUGGACGCAAAUUGAACACCACAGAUGUUGGUGUAUCUUGCAAAGGAAAGGGCACCUUCUUUAAGAAGAGUAGCAAAGGGUUUACAAAUAAGGGACGGCCAUUUCUCAUCUCCAUUGAGGACCCACAGGCGCCAGAUAACGACAUUGGGAAGAACUCUUUCAAUUACUUCCAGAUUAAAUCAGCUUUUUUAAUGGCAUUGACGACCUUAACAAAUCCGAAGACCAUCUUUAGCCUAGGGCCCAACAGGAGCAUUCUUGGUACCAUAAUUAGACCUGAUCCGGUCUUGCUGGAGCGUAAAGGAGGAUCUAAUGGUGAGAUGACUUUUAACAACUUGCUUCCUGGAGCUGGGGAGCCAUUACAGACACAACAUGUGGAUCAGCAACAAGAGAUUUUGUGCAAUUGGCAGUCAGAUUAUGAAGAAGAAUCCUUUCCCCGUGGAGAUGAUAGUGCACAGUCUUCUGAAAAGAAGAGGAAAGCUUCUUCCAAAGAGAAGUCUAGAAAGAAGAAGGUUAAAGAAUCAGGGGAGAUUGAGAGGCAUGAAGAAAGUGGCUCGAGGAAAGAGAGGAGUUCAAAGAAAAAACGGUGGAGACAUAACUGUGAGAAUGCCAAUGGUUUUAGCUGAUAAUACGUCAGUCAUUUCCUAUUUGGUUUCGUGUAUGUUGAAUUAGUGGAAGGCUGUUGAUGCAUGGCCAUUCCAUCAAAAUAUGCAGCGAAAAUGAAUUAGUAGAAGGCUGUGUGGUUUCAAGUGGGAUGUGAGCACUGCCAUCCAUGCUGCUACUGGUCACGGCCUCACUUUUUCGGCAAGUUGAAGACAUGAUUUUAUAGAAUGAAGAAAUUGAUUGGAGAAAUUCAUAUAAACCUUUGAUCUUUCUCGUUCUGGGCUGUUAGGUGGCUCUUCAACCACCAGUCACGGGGAGAGGCAUCUGAGCAAAUUGCUCAGUAUGUUUUACAGUUUUGAGAAUUUAGCUGUCUUGUGUACCUUGACAAUCGAAUAAAGCAUUGGCUUUCUGUGCUCUCUUUUUAUUAGCUAGCUUGUUUUGUUAUGUAACCAUGCCAUGGUCUUUAGAAACUUCAAAGCAACCUUUGAGAAUCAAAUGGUGGCGGAAACUUCAAAGCAACAUAUUAUUUAUUUCAUUGCCACAGGAGGCAAUAAAAGAUAUAAA